CGAACAUUGUAUCAGUUUAGUUUUCGUCCCGUCUACGAUCGGCCGCAAAAUUGAUUUUCCGGAGUUUAUUUUUAAAUUAUUAUAAAAAUUAUUAGGUGUCAAUGACAAAAACGAAGAGAAAGUUCGCGAUAACCGACAAAUUUCUACCCAGACUCGCCAAAAACCUGACCACCAGAAAAGGCAGUCGUCGUGCAAACACCGGCAACCGCCUGGAACACGCGGUCCUCACCCACAUCCAGCACGUACCGUAGUUUCCCUGCUACCACCCACCCCCAUCAUCUCAUCGUCAUCUCCCUUCCACCGGCAUCAGCUAAACGAGCGUGAAAGAGAUAGAUGCUAAGAACCAUGGCCCGCGGAGACGAAUGUAAAACCGCCAGCAAGGCUAACUACGCCUGCAAGUCGUUCGACGUUUCUGCUCCUCUGCAGAAACCCGUGUACCAGGCACCUAAGUACCAGGCACCCAAGAAGCCUGAGCAGAAGAAGGACUACGGAGCUUGGGGCCCCAUCUACAAGGACAAGAAGACUUUCACCGACAUGCACCUCUGCUGAACAACACCGAGCCGGGUCAUCGCCAUUACUAACAUCGUCACAUAGUUUUAGAGCUACGCUACCAAAAAUGUAACGACGAAAUAAAUAAUGUCAAAUACUUGUAUAAUUGUGAUUCUUUUGUGACGAAUAGCUUUUCUCUUAUUGUUUCCAACGGUGUAGGUUGCUUGCUAACUGUCGUAUCAUGUACCAUUAUUAACAAUUAAACAUCAUCAUCAUUUGAUCAGUUUUUGUGUUGCGAACCUGAUUCUUGUGAGAUCUGCUAGUUGAUAAUCGGCUUACAAUCGGGCAUUUCAUUCUAUUGCGUUAACAAGGACGGGCGGUUCGUGAGUGCUUGAGUAAUUUAAUAAGAAUUGGAAUAAAGUCAGAAACUUUUC